AAGAUACUGGGUUUUUGCAUCAGUCCCGCCCAGCGUGGUCUCGGCAGGCUCAACGGCAAGUUUGUGGCACAGCGGAAACGGGCCUUGGUCAUUGCCGGUAAUGUCACAGAAAAGAAAAACAACAAGGAAUGAUCCAGAAAUCGACAAGAUAAUACGCCAUACUCACCGCUGAAGAUUAGUAGAAUAGAAGAAAGAUGGCAGCCCGCGUAGACGAAGAAUACGAUUAUCUGUUCAAGAUUGUCUUGAUUGGAGACUCUGGUGUCGGUAAAUCCAACUUGCUGUCUCGUUUUACUCGGAACGAGUUCAACCUUGAAUCCAAGUCCACUAUUGGAGUGGAGUUCGCCACCAAGUCCAUUCAGGCCGAGGGAAAAACCAUCAAGGCGCAAAUCUGGGAUACCGCUGGGCAAGAGCGUUAUCGUGCCAUUACCUCUGCAUACUACCGCGGAGCAGUUGGCGCAUUGCUUGUCUAUGACAUUUCCAAGCACGGUACCUUUGAGAACGUGGAACGUUGGUUGAAGGAACUCCGUGACCAUGCCGAGGCGAAUAUUGUUGUCAUGUUGGUCGGAAAUAAGUCCGAUUUGAGGCACUUGCGAGCUGUGGAGACGGACGAAGCCAUGGCAUUUUCCGAACAGCACAAUCUCGCUUUUAUUGAGACGUCUGCCUUGGACGCGUCCGGAGUCGACACAGCUUUCCAGCGAAUUUUGACCGAGAUCUACCGUUUGAUGUCACGCCGCAACAUGCAGGCAGAAGAAGCUGCCAGUGCACCAACACUUUCCUCAGGACAGACCAUCAGCCUGACCAACGAUGGCGCCAAAAAGAAGGGUUGCUGUGGGAAUGUUUAGAUUAUUUUUUAGUUCCUCUCUGCCAUGCGGCCUGCUAUCAGCAGCAGUCAGUCUAAGGGAACGUUGUUGUGUGACACGCUUUGUGAUGUGAAAGAAAGUGAAAAGACAUCUACUAGGAAAAAGAGAGAGAGCGUGCUUUGAUGGAUUGAUUUUCUACUUGGUUAAUUUUGCAUAGGUUUCAAUGAAUGACCGAACAGGUUGAGUAUAAACAAACAGACCUAUACAUAUUAGAAGUUGUGGCAUGUUU